AUGGCUUCGAACACCUUUGCUGAUGGUGGAGAUGAUGCACCUAAUUACCAAUUACGUGGUGUUGAACAAGUCUCUCUAAACACUGGAACGAAGAGAUAUAUUCCGGAUUCACCCUCUUCGUUGACGCCAGCAGAGGGAAUGUUAUUCGACACAGUUGAUGACGCGUAUAACUUUUAUAAAACUUACGCAGAAGCGGGAGGUUGGACUGUAAGGAAGGGCACACAGCACGAGAACCGUGGUAUUGUUAUAAACAAGUACUUUUUCUGUUCAAAGGAGGGUCAAAAAGACUUUCGACCGGUCGAUACUUUAGUCGAACAGCCGUCUGAUAGGUGGGUACGUAGGGUACCAUCCAAAAGGACCGGAUGCCAAGCUGCGAUCAGAAUAAAACUUACCGAUGCUAAGAAGUAUUUGCUGUAUCAUUUUAUAGAGGCGCACAACCACGAUUUUGUGCAUGAAGAAGAUUUACAUCUUCUCAAGGAAAACAGGGGUAUUAAUCGUGCACACGAAGAGAUGAUAAACAAGAUGUCACAUCUCAACAUUGGGCAUCUUCGUGCAUUUAACAUUAUGAAGGAAGUGUAUGGUGGGUUCGACAAACUCGGUGCUACCAAAGUCGAUUUUAAAAAUUUCAAGAAAGAAUUAAAUCUUUUUAUCGGAGAGUUUGAUGCGGAAAUGUUUGUCAAGCGACUGAUGAGGAAAAAGGAGUUUUUACCGAACUUCUCUUGUGAAUAUGAAACCACAGACGAAGGUGUGUUGAAGUGCAUUUUUUGGGCCGACGAGGAUAUGAAGAGAAAUUAUUAUAUGUUUGGGGACGUUAUAUCAUUUGAUGCUACCUACAAGAGUAACAAUCCGGUAGUUGAAGACGGCCGGCGGUUGAAGUGUGAAGAGGAUGGAGGUGGGCAGCGGCUGAUGUGUGGAAGGCCGGUUCAGGUUGGAGGCGGAGAUGGAGGUGAUGAGUCCGGCGGUAACAUCUGA